AUUUGGACAUUUGAGCGGGCCGUGUGACCUUGAUGCCAUGGAUGCUGGCAAUGGAGACGACAAGACCGUGGAGGUCUUCGUGACGGGCCGGAUCUGCCUCUUCGGGGAGCACUCCGACUGGGCAGGAGGCUACCGGCGCUUCAACUCGGAGGUGGCGGCGGGCUGUGCGCUAGUCUGUGGCACAGACCAAGGCCUCUAUGCGCGGGCACGGAAACUCCCCGGCAGCAGCCGCCUGCUGCGCUACACCUCCUCCAGCGGCGAAAGCGUGGAGCUGGACCUGGACGACGCCCAAAAGCUGCGGAGCAUGGCGCAGUCCGCCUCCACCUUCGCCUACAUCGCCGGCGUGGUGGUGGAGCUGGGGAAGCACUUUCGGGUGGGCGGCGCGGAGAUUGUGAACUAUCAGUCAGACCUGCCCAUUAAGAAGGGCCUCUCCUCUUCCGCCGCCAUUUGCGUGCUCAUCGUCCGCGCGCUCAAUCAGCUGUACGACUUGAAGCUCACGGUGCAUGGGGAGAUGGACAUGGCCUACCGCGGGGAGAUCAACACCCCGAGUCGCUGCGGGCGCAUGGAUCAGUGCGUGGCCUUCGGUCGGGCGGUCACCAAGAUGACCUUCGACUCGGACCUGGUCUCCACCGAGCCCGUGCGAUCCGCCUCUGCCAUCCACAUGGUUGUGGUGGACCUCUGCGCCAAAAAGGACACCAAAGAGAUCCUGAAGUGCUUGAACGAGGCCUACCCCUUCCCGCAGAGCGAUGCGGACAAGGCAUUGCACGCACUGCUGGGGGAAAUGAACCAGCAGGUCUGCGCCGAGGCCGUGGAGGUCCUGGGCCUGCGCGAGGAAGGUCUCGCCGCGGAGCGCCUGGGCCAGGCGAUGACGCGCGCCCAAGCGCGAUGGGACGAGAUCGCAGUGCCCCUCUGCCCACACGAGCUCAAGGCGCCGGCCUUGCACCGACUGCUGGGCCACGAGCAGCUGCAAAAGCACAUCUUCGGGGGCAAGGGCGUGGGCUCACAGGGAGAUGGCAGCGCGCAGCUGGUGUGCAAAUCCGCCACAGACCAGGAGGAGGCCAUGACGAUUGUGAAGUCCUUGGGGAUGGAGCCUUUGAAACUCACCAUCCCCAAGCAGAAGGCGGUGCGCAUCGCCAUCGUCCCCAUCGCAGGUGCCUGCGCGGGGAUGUGGCCGGCCACCAAGUGCGUGGGUCCCUGGCUCUUCCCGGUGCGGCGCUUCUCCAGCGUCAAGCCGGCCAUCGCCUGGCUCUGUGAAGAGCUGGUGGCGGCGGGCAUUGAGCGAAUCCUGCUUGUGGUGAACCACACGACGGAAGUGGAGAUGACCAAGCUCUUUAAGCAGAGGGAAGAGGUGGCGGUGCUGGACGGUGUGUCGCACCACCUCGACGGCUACGACGAGACGCUGCUCUCUAUAGGCGAGCGGCUGACCUUCGUGCGCCAGGAGAAGCCUUCGAGCAUCCGCCAGGCGCUGCUGCUCUGCGAGCGUGAGGUGGAUGGGGAGCCCUUCCUGCUGGCCUGGGGCGACCACUUCUGCCGCUCUACCUCGGACACGAGCUGCGUGGCGCAGCUGGUGAACGCCUUCUCCUCACGCUCCGUGGUGGGCAUGCACUGCGUGGACAAGGAUUGGCUGCACGCCACCGGGGUCUACGCCUGCAAGGAGCCGGCGCUGGGGUCCGACACCGAAGGGCCGGCGCUUUGGCCGCUGUCGCGGCUUGCAGAGAAGCCCACGAGGGAAUUCGCAGAGGAGCACUUGGUCACGCCAGGGCUGCCUGCAGGCCAAUACCUGGCCUCCUUCGGGCACUACGCGCUGACCGCCAGCAUCUUCCGCAUCUUACGCAGCGCCAAGGGCGGGCACUUCACCCAGGCGUUGGACGAGCUGCGGCAGUCGGAAGGAGUGGACGGCGUCUUGAUCUCCGGCGAGCGCUGGGAUUUGGGCAACAUGCACACCUACAUCCAGUGCUUGCAAGCGCAAGCACACGACGUCGAGCCCCCCGCCAAGCGCACAAGCGCAAGGCCGAUGCCUGACGCCUGACGCCUGAGCCGACGGACGCGCGGCGGAUCCGCGGGCUGAAAUUAGACGACGACCAAAAGGAUGGUUGUCCCCAUUGGUUUCCCUCAACCAGCCGCCAAAGUAAAAAAGUCAUGGUUUUCCGUCUGGUUUCCCU